AUUCCCGUGAAGACUCCCUAGAUAGUUUGUUUAUCUCUGUGCUAAAGAAAGUUGGUUCUCUUAUUCGGCAGAGAAGUCACACAUCAGAAGUUAGUCAUACUGAAGCUCAUUAUCAUGGAGGAUUAACACAGGAUGAGAAAAUGGAAAUUGGGAAGCUUUUGUCCAAAUACUGGUUAAGUGUUUGGGUUGAUGAUCAACCUCUACCUGAUGGAUCCCAGGACAUUGACUUGCGUAACUGGAGGCUAACUGUCUAUGGGUUGCUAGGACUAACACAAAGUUGGUUGCUUAUAUCUUGGUUUGGAAAGGAUAUUGACGUAGUUGAUAUAGAGAUUCCUUUAAAUUUUGAUGAAUGGAUUGCUUGUCUUUUACAAGUUUUAUCAACUAUCAUCAUUAUCUCUGUCACUAACCCAGUCUUCAUUGCUGCUACUAUACCAAUUGGUCUUAUCUACCUAUUUAUUCAGUUUAAAAAGUAUAUGAUUCACCUGCAUUCCAAACUGCUUGAAAUGAGUACAACUGCCAGAUGCUUUCAUUUGGGUGGUCCGAAUGUUUCUGAUUUGGAAACAAAAAUUGUGUCAGUGGAGAGGAUUGAUGAGUUCUCUGUUCUUCCAUCUGAGGCUCCUUGGGAAAUUGAAGACCAAAAACCAUCCAAGCAAUGGCCAGCAGAGGGCAAAGUGUCCUUCCAUAAUUAUAGUACUCGCUACAGGGAAGGACUGGACCUGGUCUUGAAGGAUAUCAAUUUGAACAUACAAUCAGCAGAAAAGAUUGGUGUUGUAGGACGAACAGGAGCAGGAAAAUCUUCACUUACUCUUUCUUUGUUCCGAAUCAUUGAGGCAGCAUUUGGAUCAGUUUAUAUUGAUGGUCAUGAUAUUUCAACCAUUGGCUUACAUGAUCUACGAUCAAAACUUACUGUAAUUCCACAGGAUCCCGUGCUGUUUACUGGAACUCUACGUAUCAAUCUUGAUCCAAGUAAAGAGUUUACAGAUGAACAAUUGUGGAGUGUUCUAGAACAUGCUCACCUGAAGCCAUAUGUUAUAUCACUUUCUGAAGGAUUAGAGCAUCAUGUAGCAGAGGGAGGUGAGAAUCUGAGAAAAACAACCAAAAAAAGGAAUAUUAAGUUUCAGUUAAAGUCUUCAAAACGUUUUAUGAAGCAGAGAAGUGAAUUUUCGUCAUUGCAAACAUGGAUAUUUUUAAUUACUCUUAUUUCUAAUUGUGAUUUUUAUUCUUAUGUUAGGGUUAUUGUCAUGGAUCAAGGAAAAAUUAUUGAAACAGGUCCUCCUAAAAAUCUUCUAGUACAGACACAGUCAGUGUUUUAUGGCAUGGCUAAGGAUGCAGGACUGGCUUGAUGGAUGAAGAAAAUUAAUGAGAUGUCUCAAUAUGUGUAUUUCUUUUGAUACCAAGAUGAUUUUUUAAUAAAGUGUUAAUGAUCAUGAAAGUAUAAAAUUACAUGAAAAGGUAAGAUUUAGCACGAAGGUUUUUCUUCAGGCGUGUGGAGAAUAAUCUUAAUUAUUUAGGGCAUAUUUUAAUUCUGAGAUGUUGAAAACCUAAUGGAGUUACUAAGGUAGAAAUGAUAAAAGUAAAAAAAACUAAACUCAACAUUUGUUGAGACUAAAGGCCAAGGUAAAAAACCAUUAGGUUGAGGGCCCAAUGAGGGCUCUAGAAGCCGAAGAACUUUAGACUCUCUGUGGCAUUCUCAGUAUUUCCUGGUUCCAAAUAGAAUGUUUUUAACAGGCAAUUAUUAUUCAUGUUAACAUUAUUUUUCCUUAAAGUUAAUAAAUUUGUCAGUGAGAGGUUUAUUUUUGAUUAUAUAUAAUACAUAUUAACAUUAAUGUUACUGUUUUUUUUUUUCCAUAAAUAGCAAAGUAAUAAUAAUGAACUACAUUUACUAUAGCAGAAUUUUAUUUGGAAAUUUAUUGUUUUCAUUAGAUACUGUGUUACUUAUGUUUUAAUGUUCCUCACAUACAAAGCAACUGAAAUAAAAUAAAAACGAGAUACAUUUUACUGAAAACAACCCACAAGACUUAAACUAAAUAUUACGGAGAUCCAGUUGAAUUUGAUGUUUUUGACAUGAAGCCACUUUACUUCUUUAGCUGAAUGUUCAUCUUCCUUAGAGUCAAUUUGUUCUACCUGUCUAACCUUUUUCUUCAUCUUAUAUUUGUGUGCCAUCCAUGCCUCUUUCUCCAUGUCUUAUAAAUUUCUGCUUACUUUAUUUAUCUUCCUUUAAUUAUUAUUGUUUCAGUUUUUGUUCUUUGAGAUCUCUUUUUCACUACAAUACCUUUUUGUAUACUACAAAUGCCCCUCUCAAGUUCAAAGACAGAACUUUGUCCAUUGAGUAAUGAACAACACCUUUACUUCUAAAUAUCUCAUAAGCAUUUUUGCCAUUUAAUCAAAACCGAAACCUCUGCUGAACCUGUGGUUUCAGUGUUCAUAUUUAAAGUAAGUGUGUAAGAAGUAAUUAAAAAU